AUGAUGCAUUCUAUAUUUUGGACAGGCAGAGUUUUAUCACGUGCUAUAAGAAAUGGACUUUCGAAUUUAUCGAGUGCAGCUGAAUUAAAUGUUUCCAAAAAGAAACAUCCAUAUUUAGUGUCAGUGGUUUGUGGUUUUCCUAAAGAUAUUGCGAAUGGGAGGUCUCAUAAAGGACAGUUUGGCGACGAUGCCUGGUUCUCCACUACCUUCAACAAUGCAGAUGUCAUUGGUGUUGCUGAUGGUGUGGGGGGCUGGAGGGCAUAUGGCAUUGAUCCUGGAGAAUUCUCCUCUUACCUUAUGAAAACUUGUGAGAGACUUGUGAGAAUGGGCCAUUUCAAGUUAUCAGAACCAGGAGACCUUUUAGCAAAGUCAUACUAUGAAUUGUUAGAACACAAGAAACCUAUUUUAGGAAGUAGCACAGCCUGUGUUAUGAUACUGGACCGCAAUGAGAGUAUAAUGCGAGCAGCAAAUAUUGGUGACAGUGGAUAUAUGGUGGUGAGAGGGAACCGCAUAGUACACAGGUCACAUGAACAACAGCACUACUUUAAUACACCAUACCAACUAAGUCUGCCACCACCGGGACAUGAUAGGAAUGUGUUAAGUGAUAGGCCAGAAUCGGCUGAAACUGCCGAGUUCAAAGUAGAAAGCGGGGACGUAAUUCUUGUAGCGACCGAUGGAGUAUUCGACAACGUGCCAGUAACAGUAUUGGUAGCCGAGAUGCGCAGAGCGCAGGGCAUGGACAACGACUCCCAGAAGUUGCAGGCCGUGGCGAACUCCAUUGCUUGGAUGGCGCGCAAUCUCUCCUUCGAUGGCUGUUAUAUGUCGCCGUUCGCCAAGAGCGCGCGCCAAAACGGCAUAGAUGCCAUAGGUGGAAAACCAGAUGAUAUAACAGUGCUUCUGGCAAUAGUGGCGCUAUGA